GUCAUUGAACAACCAAGAGCGUCAAGGUUCUACGUGAAACGAUCUGGGCCUGAAGAUUUGACUAAUACUUACGCAAUACCAACACUUUGUCUUGAAAGGCUGCCGACUCGCCAUUACACGAUUAAAUCCUUCAGGUCAUUCUACGUCCGUUGACCUUAAGCACGAGGCCCGUGCUCGCAGGCUCCUGACAACUGACAUGUUCUUCACGUCAACUUCGAGCAGCAGCUACGAACGUCUUGAGGGCGGCUUCGGUCCAGGUCGUACGGCUAGGAUGCUAGCAUGGAAGAAGUUUGCAAUUGGCGCUGUAGUGCUCAUCUCUGUGGUUUGGCUUUUUGGACCGAGAUCGAGCAUAGAUUUGAUACCCGAUUCGUCAUUGCCUGGCAUGGAUCCCCCAGUAGUACAUACACCCACAAAGACAACUCCUUCGAAUCCCUCAGAGGAUGAAAUCGACAUUCACAAGACUACUGCUACGUCGCCACCCUCCCAAACCUCCUUCCCUACCUCCCCAGAAACAGACCCAGACCUCCUCAAAACUGUACACUGUACAUCCCCACAUUCUCCUACCCUCCCUCUUGUGCAGUAUGCCCUCAUGAUUGACGCCGGUUCAACUGGCUCGCGCAUCCACAUCUACAAAUUCCACAACUGCGGACCCUCGCCAACCUUCGAGUAUGAGGUGUUCCGCAUGAUCCAACCAGGGCUCUCUUCGCAUGCAGGAUUCCCAACUGCAGCGGCAGAGAGUCUUGACCUUCUCCUCGACGAAGCCAUGACCGUGGUGCCAGAAUCUUUGCAAAGUUGCACGCCUGUCGCUGUUAAAGCCACCGCUGGGCUUCGACUUCUCGGCGCCCACCAAAGCGAUAGUAUUCUCACAGCAGUGCAUGACCACAUCCUCUCCAAAUACCCCUUCCCAUUUCCCGAUAAGGAUGGUGUUGUCAUUAUGGAUGGCAAAGACGAGGGUGUUUAUGCGUGGAUCACCGCAAAUUACCUUCUUAAUACCAUCAGAGGUGAUUCGCCCAAGGACGCUCCGCCCUAUGCUGUGCUCGAUUUGGGUGGAGGGUCCACGCAGAUCGUGUUCGAACCCCAGUUUGGCGAUGAGAAAAGCGACAAUGGUCUCAAGGAGGGCGAACACAAGUAUGAGCUUGAGUUUGGUGGGGCUAAGCGAGUGUUAUACCAGCACUCAUAUCUUGGAUAUGGCCUCAAGAGCGCUCGGGAGAGCGUGCAUCGUGUCGUCCAAUUCAUGGAUUCUCUGAGGUCGAGCAAGGAUGGCGCUAAUGAUCGGAUGAGAAUGGUUCACAACCCUUGCUUGGCUCAAGGGUCGGUGAAAAGAGAUGGCGAUACCGUGACAGUGACGAUGACGGGAUCGGAUGUUGGCAGUUUUGAGGCUUGCAAUCGUAUCUUGGAGCUUGUCAUGGCAAAGGAUGACGUUUGUGAACUCAAACCCUGCUCCUUCAAUGGUGUUUACCAGCCAUCACUCCUGGACGCCUUCCCUAACGGAAAAAUCCUUCUUCUCUCGUAUUUCUUCGAUCGGAUCACACCGUUGCUUUUAGCAGACUCAUCACCAGAUCAUCCCCAGCCCCCCAUGUCAAUUUCAACAUUCGCCACGCUUGCUAAACAGGUCUGCGCGGGACCUACCAGCUGGGAACAGCACUGGGGCGCGUAUCCUGAUAUCAUGGAGGAACUAGAAGGUCGACCAGAGUGGUGCCUUGAUCUCAGUUUCCAGCACGCCUUGCUGGUCCUUGGCUACGAGUUUGGUGAUGAUCGGGAGGUGCAGCUUGGGAAGCGUAUUGAAGGCACAGAGCUCGGUUGGUGUCUUGGUGCCACGAUAGCGAUGGUGGGUGGAAAUCUACGUUGUCGGGUGUAGUGCCCAACAAGGACAGUCCGUAAAAUAAUGUGGAGUCAUCAUCUCACUGAGUAGAUGUAACACAGAGAACUGUCAUUACCCGCGCGGCGCGCAACACGUUUGAUUAUUUAUCUCAUCUAGUCUCUCAUGUGCAGACCGUCAUAGUAAGAUCCUCCGGGCGAGUACUUGUGGAGUAACUGAGGUACUACCCCUAGUAUACGGGGCAACGCGUGUACUUGUUUUUACGUUUGUAAUUCCGGCUGCGAGCCUACAA